AAAAAACCAAUCUUUAUCUAAACAAAAAACCAAUUUAGUAAUGCCCACUGUGUUGAUUUUCACAAGAUUUUAGUAUUUUCUUCUUAUCCACAUUCAAUAAUAUUCACAAAAAAAAGAAACUACACAAAUUCACCUAAAAAUAGAAAUCAACAACAAAAAAAAUCAAAUCUUGAAAACCCCCUUUUGGAUAGAAGAGCAAAAAAAAUCAAAUCUUGAUUUGCCCCUUUUUGUGUAAUUGUUGUUUUUAGAUAAAAGAGAAAAAAAAAUCAAAUCUUGAAAACCCCUUUUUUGUUCUAAUGGGUAAAGGAGGUAGUGAUGAAAAUAUGGCUGCUUGGCUUCUUGGUGUUAACACCCUCAAGAUUCAGCCUUUCAAUCUCCCUGCUUUGGGACCCCAUGAUGUUAGAGUUAGGAUGAAGGCUGUCGGUAUUUGUGGAAGUGAUGUUCAUUACCUCAAGACCAUGAGGUGUGCGGAUUUUGUGGUUAAAGAACCAAUGGUGAUUGGGCAUGAAUGUGCCGGGAUCAUAGAGGAAGUUGGCGGUGAAGUCAAGACAUUGGUUCCUGGAGAUCGUGUAGCACUAGAGCCCGGAAUUAGUUGUUGGAGAUGUAAUCUUUGCAAAGAAGGGCGAUAUAAUCUCUGCCCCGAGAUGAAGUUCUUUGCUACUCCCCCUGUUCAUGGUUCUCUGGCGAAUCAGGUAGUCCACCCUGCAGACCUAUGUUUCAAGCUCCCGGAUGAUAUAAGUUUAGAGGAGGGAGCAAUGUGUGAGCCACUUAGUGUUGGUGUUCAUGCCUGUCGGCGUGCAAAUGUUGGUCCCGAGACAAACAUAUUAGUGCUGGGAGCUGGACCCAUUGGGCUUGUCACACUGCUUGCUGCUCGUGCUUUUGGUGCCCCAAGAAUUGUUAUUGUGGAUGUAGAUGACUAUCGUCUUUCUGUUGCAAAGAAGUUAGGAGCAGACGACAUCGUCAAGGUUUCAAUCAAUAUUCAGGAUGUAGCUACAGAUAUAGAAAACAUUCAGAAAGCAAUGGGAGGUGGAAUCGACGUGAGUUUUGACUGUGCAGGCUUUAACAAAACUAUGUCGACCGCCCUUGGUGCAACUCGUCCAGGUGGCAAAGUUUGCUUGGUUGGAAUGGGACAUCAUGAGAUGACCGUUCCUCUCACUCCAGCUGCUGCAAGGGAGGUCGACGUCAUCGGCAUAUUUCGCUACAAGAAUACAUGGCCAUUGUGUCUUGAGUUCUUAAGAAGUGGUAAGAUUGAUGUGAAACCUUUGAUCACACACAGGUUUGGAUUCUCUCAAAAAGAAGUUGAAGAAGCUUUUGAAACAAGUGCUCGUGGUGGUGAUGCUAUUAAAGUCAUGUUUAAUUUGUAAAAAAAAAAAUACUUUUUAAAUUUGAGAAAAUAAGUUUUUUUACCAAAUAUGUUUGAAAAAUGUAUAUCUAAAAAAAAAAUGUUUUUUUAAUGCUUUU